GUGGACGAGUCAAACGAGGUUGGGAAUAAUCAGGUUGAGCCAGAAGAGGAGGUUUCAGUCAAGCCAGAAUGGAAGAAGGACGCAGGUGCAUCAUCCACUGCGGGCCAGGAUGUGGCUGAGUCGAAGAUCGGAUCAGACGUGGUGCUGGAAGCUGGGUCGGGAGGCCUGACAAAGCUUCGGCCGAGUAGAAGCAUACAUUGGUUUCGGGCAUUAUCUCGUCUUGCCUGUUGUUGCUGUAGGCCGUGCUUCCACAAGAGGCGAUCAAUUCGGGCAUGCGCAAUAGUGUCAUUUAGCUUGGCACUUGCGUUUGUUGCCUACUCAGUCUGGGUAUUGAUCGACCUGUGGGGAGCUGCAACCUCAGUGAGUUUUGGAAUUGCGAAGGUGGAGGCCUCCGACCUGUGCGAUGCAAUGCACAUUCCGAUACUAGUGCAUGGCUGGGUUUCGUUGCCCGACGCCUUCGCACAAUCUGUGGAGAUAGGCACUAUUGAUGUGGAUGUCUGGACGCAGGGCCACGAGGCGAUUAAAUCAUCUAUGCUGGUGGAGUUUACCGACGGCACUGCGUACAUCCAGGGAGGGAACAACACCUUCACGGCCGCCAUCAGCGCAAGGCUCCUGGAUAUUGCCGCGCUUGGUGACGUCCUCUCCCGCUUUCUGAACGAGGCGCCGCUGCACGCGUCCUUCGAAGUGAUGCUCUCUGUCACGCUGCGCUCCUUCGGCAUCCCGAUUAGCCACACUACGCAUUUCACUUACAGCCACGCGUGUGGCUUCCCACUGGGCUGCUCGGCGGAGGAGGGCACCUGCUCCUACGCGUGCGCAUCUGCCCUCGCCCGGCUUCCGACCAUCGACGCGGCACUCGCGCAGGCGGCGACGGAGGACCCGUCGGCGGAGCCGCCGGCCGAGCCGCCGGCCGAGGACGAUGCACAGGGCUGCGACCUCCUGUCCCUCCGGCUCUGGGACGGCCGCGGCGAGCUCGGGGGCGCAGAGGCCGGCCGCGAGCUGAUGGUGGGCUCUGCGAUGUCGUGCAGGCUCGGGGCGGGCCUGGUGGGUGCGAGCCUGCCGGAGACCUUCGUCCAGGUGUUCUUCUCAGAGGAGGCGGCACGAUGGCGGAUACUCUUGUGA